AAGGGAUACAUUCAUUCAUCUUAACCUAUUUGAUUAAGUCUUGGCUCAAUGACAAUUUAACAAAAACAGGUAACAGUUUGAAUAGAAGGUAACCAAAUCAGACAAUGGUCCAGCUCACAAUUAAAGAUUUCAUUGUUAAAGAUAUUCGCUUUCCAACUUCUCUAGAGAAACAUGGCAGUGAUGCUAUGCAUCCUGAUGGUGACUAUUCAUGUGCUUAUGUGAUAUUAAACACUGAAGAUCCAAAACUGACUGGACAUGGACUUACAUUUACAAUCGGCAAAGGAACUGAAGUCGUUGUAAAAGCCGUUGAAAGCUUGAUGGAUUUGGUUAUUGGUGUUAAAGUGAAUGAUAUAAUCAAUGAUUUUGCCAGUUUUUGGAGAAAGUUAUCAAGUCAUAGUCAAAUGAGAUGGAUAGGACCAGAAAAAGGUGUUAUUCAUCUUGCUCUAGCCGCUGUGAUCAAUGCACUUUGGGAUCUUUGGGCUAAAAUGGAGGGUAAACCAUUGUGGAAACUAAUUGUUGACAUGGAACCAGAAAAACUUGUCUCUACCAUUGAUUUCAGAUACAUAUCAGAUGUUCUCACCAAGGAAGAAGCAAUUGAAAUGUUGAAGAGUAAACGAUCAACAGUUAAAGAUAGAGAGAAGGAAAUAAUUGAUAAAGGUUAUCCGGCUUACACUACAAGCAUUGGAUGGAUUGGUUACGAUGAUGAGACACGCAGAGGAUUAUGUAGAGAUGCCUUAAAACAAGGAUAUAAAAGUUUUAAGGCUAAGGUUGGUGAUAGUAUUGAAAAUGAUAAACACCGAUUAACAUUGAUUCGAGAAGAGAUUGGUUAUGAAAACAAAUUAAUGGUUGAUGCUAAUCAAGUGUGGGAAGUUAAUGAAGCAAUUGAUUGGAUGAAACAAUUAGCAAACUUUAACCUCUUAUGGAUUGAAGAGCCAACCAGUCCUGAUGAUGUUGUUGGUCAUGCAAGUGUUGCAAAGGCUUUGAAACCUUUAGAUAUUGGUGUUGCGACUGGUGAACAAUGCCACAAUCGGGUUAUAUUUAAACAAUUACUUCAAUUGGGCGCCAUUUCUUUCUGUCAACUUGACUCUUGUAGAUUGGGUGGACUAAAUGAGGUUAUGGCUGUAGCUUUAAUGGCUGCCAAAUUUAAUAUUCCAGUCUGUCCUCAUGCUGGUGGAGUCGGUUUAUGUGAAUAUGUUCGCCACAUUUGUUUCUGGGAUUACAUUUCUGUCAGCGGUAGCUUCGAGAAUCGAAUGACUGAAUAUGUUGAUCACUUGCAUGAACAUUUUGAAGAUCCAGCUAAAUGUAAAGAUGGGCGUUAUGUUGUUCCGAAGGUUCCGGGUUAUCUUGUUGGCAUGAAGCCAGAAUCAAUGAGAAAAUAUCAAUUCCCUGAUGGUGAAUACUGGCAAAGUCGGAGAAAGUAAUACCAGUAAGACAAUAUCAUUAAGAUAACGAUAAACUGGAAAAAUAUGCUUGUUUUUAUCAAAUAUUAAUAUUUAAGAUAAUUUUAAAUCAAACGACUUUUGAUUGCUUAUUCAGAUUGUUCAAUAAACUUAUAAUUGCAUUAAUGA